UAGUGGGGAAGGGAUCGUCUCGCACUUUGUCCAUUUCCUGCGAUAUUUUGCACUGGCGAUGGAUGGAUCCAAUCCAUUGUUUGCACAGUGGGAAAUCAGGUCGCUGUCGAAGCCCACCACACUGCGCUGCCGGGCUUGGUUGUUCUCGCGGUGGGGAAUUCGAUUUUGUCCCAAUCCUCACAGCCUUCUCAAACCCUGUCACAUCGCUUGCAUCGGUUAUUCUUGUCCAUUUCCUCUUCGUCCUGUCGGCGUCCGUCCCUAGAUGCCUCUGGUCCAUAUAGAUUUUAGGUUAAAAUUGGUUCUUGGAUUGUGACCUAAAUUUGGGGGUAUUGGUGCCUAGUGUGGUGGUAGCCAGCCAAGAAACCAUUUUUCUUUUCAGGUGUAUUAUUAGCAACCGGAGAGGGCGUGUUGGGGAUUGGGAUUGUUGUUUGAUGAGAGGGAGGUGAUGAUGGCUGAGGGGGGAGCAAAGCCGGUGCCGGUGAUAGUGGCCAUGAAGGGGCAUCCAGGGUCUGGCAAGUCCACGGUGGCGUGCGCCAUCGCUGCUGCGCUCCGCUGCCCGCUCCUGGACAAGGACGAUGUCCGGGACUGCACGCUGCCACUUGAGCGUGUCGACGGCCUGGCUGUCGGCAUGCUCAAUGAGCUCUCCUAUGCCGUGCUGUGGCGGGUGGUGGAGAGGCAGGUCCGUCUCGGCUUGUCGGUUGUGGUGGAUUCUCCGCUGUCACGCCGUGCGCAUCUUGAUGCGCUCACCCAGCUCCCGGCUGCGCUAGUCGUCGUUGUGGAAUGUCGGCCGGGCAAUGAAGAGGAAUGGCGCCGAAGGCUAGAGGGCCGAGGAGCUGCGGUGGUAGAAGAUUAUAGUAGUGGGUGGCAUAAGCCGAAGACGUGGGCAGAGCUGGAAAGGCUUCGGGACGGGUACCAAGGUUGCACAGAUUAUGAAUUAGGGGAUGUGCCGAGGAUCGUUGUGGAUACGACUGACCCAACGAUCAGUUCAGAGGCAAUUGCUGUGAGGGUUGUAGAGUUUAUUGGAUCUGUUCUUGCUUGUGGUCAUUAGGCCUGGUGGUAU